AUGGCUUCAUAUAAAGAUCAACAAGUUCACUGCCAACCUUGUGAAGAGGAGGAGGGAACCAGACAUCCUGCCCAUGGUUACUGCACAGAUUGUAUGAAGCAUCUAUGCAAAAACUGUUUUACAGGUCAUAACAAACAGAACCUUUCCAAACAGCAUACUCUACUGGAUGCUACACGUAUGCCUAAAUCAAUGCAGCAACCCUCAACAUCCAAACAUACAGACCAGUCUGAUCUCUUAAACACACCGUGUCCUAAACAUAAAAACGAAAUGAUCAAGUUCUACUGCCACGAUCAUGAAAUCUUGCUUUGCAGUGUCUGUGUUACUCUUGAACCUUCUUCCUGCAAAGUCGACAAUAUAACCAACAUUUCUAGUAAUAUAAUAGACAGUAAAGAAUAUCAAGACAUUUUGAUAACAGCCAAUACAACUCUUGACCUAUAUAAAACAACAGUAGAAAGUGUCGAGACAAUGGCGUACAAAUCAAUCAACUCAUUAAAAGAUGCAUUAAUAGCAAUCAAAAAGUAUCGUCAAGAAAUUAACCAAAGACUAGAUGAAUUGGAGAGAGAAACUGAAGAUGCAGCAAAUGUCAUAGAACAAAACAACAUCAAAUGUUUGGAAGAAGUAGACAAAGAUACACCAAAAUCUUUGGAGAUAGUGUUAGAUAAAAUCAAACAACUCAACACAUCAAAAUUAGCUGAUAAACUAUUUAUGGAAGUUAAACUGGCAAAACAAAUGUUGAAAUAUCUUCAGAAAAAAACAAAACAGCUUGCAACAUAUGAUAUCAAAGAGCACAACUUUGAGGCCAACGAGUCCAUACUUAAGCAGUUAAAGCAAGAUAUGUCACUGGGUGCGAUAACACAAAAAUCUUUAAAACAAGAAGAAAUAUGCGUGAAGACAUCAAAAGAUAAGAAACCAUGCUGGAUAUCAGGGAUGACUCUUCUUAACCCCGAUAUUCUUAUUAUUGCUGACCACAAAAAUAAUGCUGUAAAGAUGGUGGAUAUCAAGAAACAGAUCGUUUCUCAUCAACUACAACUAGAUGAUAAACCCUGGGAUGUCACCGCAAUAUCCAAAACUGAACUUGCUGUCACACUUCCUGAGAAAAAAGAAAUACAAUUUCUAUCAAUCUCAUCAAGCACAUUGAUAAAGAAGCAAACUUUGCCUGUUGAUGGACGAUGUUAUGGUAUAAGCUGCCAUAAAGGUAUUAAAGUUGUUUCAUUCGUUAACCCUGCAAAACUCCAGACAUUUAAUACAAAAGAUAUCAUUCUGAAAGACUUAGAUUUAAAACAUAUCUGUAUUGAACCACGGUAUGUUGUUUGUAAUGAGAAUUAUUUCUAUGUAGCUGAUACGGAAAAUAACACAGUAACAAAAUUAAACUUGAAUGGCGAGGUGAUUGGUUGCUAUAGUUGUGGAAGUGACCUUAGAGGAAUGUCUCUGUCAGAUGAUGGUACUGUCUUGGUGUGCGUGUGGGACAGAAAUAUAAUAGAAGAGAUAGCAGAAGACUGCUCUAAAGGAGAGAUCGUGUUGGAAAAUCUGAAUUGUCCAUAUGCUGUCUGUUGGUGUAAUGUAACAAAACAGCUUUAUUACACUUGUUUGGGCGAAGAUUAUCCAAAACGCAACUUUAUUCACAUCUGUAAACUGAAUUUUAGAAAGCAUGUGUAA